AACAUGGAGUUUCUCUGUGGAUCUCGAAUUGAUUGAAGUUCCUUGACUUACUGAAGAGGCCAAGAGGACGUAGUAGUGUGUGAAGUCGUGUUCUGUUUGUUAUGUUGUGUAAGCACUAAGCAGUGUAUGUGUGUGUCAGUUGGUGAGGACAGCGUGUGUACUGUUGGUGCCUUGGAAGGAGAUAUAAUUUUGAAAUAUGAACGCACCUCCAACAUUCGAAUCAUUUCUCCUUUUUGCUGGAGAAAAGAAGAUAAUAAAAGAGCAAGAUACGAAAGUGCCAAAUGCAGCGAUAUUUACUAUCAACAAGGAAGAUCACACCCUUGGAAAUAUGAUACGAAACCAACUGUUGAAGGAUCCAAAUGUUUUAUUCGCUGGUUACAAAAUACCGCAUCCACUAGAGCACAAGUUUAUACUUCGUAUCCAAACUACAUCUGAUUACUCACCGCAAGAUGCUCUGACACAUGCAAUUACUGAUCUGAUUGCUGAACUCUCUCUCUUUGAGGAAAGGUUUAAGGAAGCGAUAAAAGAGAAGAAAGAUGGAUUGGAUUAAUAUUACCAGAUGCUUGAAAUGCUGUACACAACAUGUCUAGUGACACAUGAUUUUAUCAUCUUCAUUAGAUCAGUUAAUGUUCCUUAUUGUUCUCAAUGUAUAUAUUUGACACUCUCAAUGGUAUGGAUUUACAAAGAAAACGAGUAUUAUUUCCUUCCAGUCCAUUUUAUUCAUAGUUCUAGAAUAAUAUUAAGAUGGUGGAAUGAAAUGUUUGUUUUGUAAAACAUAUUUUGUAUAAUAAAACUGUGUGAAAUGUA